AGGUCUUCCCGAGAGUUGCCAGAGGCUCUUUGUUUUGUUUACUCAUAAACCUGAGUCAUCUCACCUCGCCUCCUUUUCGACGUCCAAUCGAACAGUUGUCCUUGUGGAAAAGCUUGUGAUUUAACAUAGAGGCGCUAUCAACACAUUACCUUCGUUAAAUGUAGUUUGAAACAUCAGGGAUUUCUUUUCGUUUGAUCCCUCAAACAUGGCUUGGCGAUUUAAGGCAUCAAAGUACAAGAAUGCAGCUCCGUUGGUACCCAAACCGGAGAAUUGUAUCCGAGACAUUAGUGUGGGCUCAUACCAAACGUAUGGAAACAAUAUCACUGCCUCGGCCAUGUUCAUGGCCUUUAAUGUGGAUCAUGCUGGUUCAAAUUUGGCAAUACUACCAAUCAAUGACUGUGGGAGAAAACCAAAAAAUAUGCCUUUACUAUAUGCACAUUCAGACACUGUUACUGACAUGGAUUUUUCUCCAUUCCACGAUAAUUUACUGGCAACUGGAUCUCAAGAUUGUAUGGUAAAACUGUGGACAAUUCCAGAUAAUGGUUUGACCGAAAACUUGAGCAAUGCCCAAUGUAUGCUCAACCAUGGUCACAGACGUGUCGAAAAUGUUACAUUUCAUCCAGUUUGUGACGCAUUGCUGACUACAACAUCUGUCUCCUCUCUCUUUCUCUGGGACUUAGUAGAGCAGAAGAAAGUAUUCAGUUACAAUGACCAUGGUGAUGUGGUUCAAAGCUUGUCAUGGAAACAAGAUGGGCAGCUCCUGGUGACAUCCUGCAAAGACAAACAAUUACGAGUAAUUGACCCUCGAUGUAACUCAGCUAAUGGUGCCGUUACACACUCAUGCAUCAGUCAUCAUGGAAUCAAAGAUUCCCGCGUAGUUUGGCUAGGCAACAUGAAUCGCAUACUAACCACUGGAUUUAAUUCAUCAAGGCAACGAGAAAUUAUUAUGCGUGAUCUACGUGUCAUGAAUCAGCCUGAAAAAACUUUGUGUCUAGAUAGUUCUACUGGCAUAUUGAUCCCACUGUUCGAUCCAGACACAAAUAUGUUGUUCCUUGCUGGAAAAGGAGAUAUCACAAUUUUGUACAUGGAGGUCACAGACAGGGAGCCAUUCCUUGUUGAGGGAUUGCGACAUACAGGAGAGCAGACUAAAGGAGCAUGUCUUGUCCCAAAGCGAGCAUUGAAGGUCAUGGAGGCUGAAGUUAACCGAGUACUUCAACUGACCUCUUCCAUGGUUAUCCCUAUUAUGUAUCAAGUCCCCAGAAAGUCAUAUAGAGACUUCCAUGCUGAUCUUUAUCCAGAGACAAAUGGUGCAGUUUCACCCCUGAAACCCAAAGAGUGGCUCACAGGAGCCAACAAUCCUGUACCAAAAAUCAGUCUUGACCCAGCAGCUGAGAGAGCAGAAUCGGUUUUGUACGCAUCGCUAGAGGACCUAUGCUCUGCCUUGCAAAAUCGUGCAAGUGCUCAUCACAAACCAAAGUCAGUAACCGAGGAAUCAACCCCUGCGGUGAAAUCCAUCUCAGAGUCCAGCCGAAUAUUCCAGAGUCCAUUCAUCAAGAAUGACGAUGAAAGAGUAAUGAAUGGUGCACGCAAACUAAAAGAAAACAAUGCUAUUAAUCUGAGAGACUCGAAUAUUGAAAAGAGCGUUUCGACUCCUCCGAAGCCACUCCCCCGAGUGUCGCGAGCUCUAUCGGAACAAAUCGAAGAUGUGUACCAGAAACCAGUUGCAAGGCCCAGAACGAAUUCCUUAGCGUCCUCUGGGACUCUUAACUCCGGAACUCCAGGGCCUCCAACUGUUUCAUCCAUUCAAGUCAAUAUAUACAAGCCUCGAUUAGGCCCAAAACCAUUUUCAGCCCCUAAGUUAAAAGAUCUUGGUGAAACUUCCCCAACAUCCGAGUUCGACAAGGUUUUCUCCGUUCCUUCAGCACCCAAAAGUAUGUAUGGGGCCAACUGCGUUCAAAAUGGGCAUCAUGCAUCUAAACCGGAUUAUCACUCUAACAAAGAUGCUGCUAACCAUAAUCAUGAAAAUGGGUCAGAUUCUCUCAACUCCUCCGAUGAUAGCAGCGCAGAGAAGAUAAUCUCUCCUGGAUUAGAGAAACAGAGCUCCUCUGAUUCCGAUGGAAAGACCGAUUCAGAAACAAAAUCAGAAGAUAUCGAUGCCCCAGAUUGCUUCAAAAGAGACAGAGUUGACAGGAGUAGUUUUGCUGAUCGUCGAAAAAUGUACCAAGAAGAACCAUCAAACAUGACGUCUGUCCCUAAAAUGGAACCAAAGAAAGAAAAUGGCACGAAAAUAUUGACCCCAGCCACACCAACUCCAAAACGCACGUCAACCGUUUUUGGUCGUGUCUCCAAAUUCCGUCAUUUGAAAGGAACCCCAGGACACAAAUCCACUCACAUCGAGAACAUCAGGAACUUAAGUCGCCAAAUUAGUGGAGAAAGUGAUGGCUUCUAUGCUAACGGAGAGAGAGCAGCAAUUGUGCUUGGUGGUCCUGGUGGGAAACUUGCAAUAUUAGAACUUAAUAAGACAGGAAAAUUACCAGAUGGAGUACUUCCAACCCUAGUCAAUGGAACCAAUGUCAUGGAUUUUGCAUGGGAUCCAUUCAAUUCUAGUCGCCUCAUUGCAGUUUGUGAUGAGGGCUCCAUCAAGGAAUGGAUUGUUCCGGAAGGUGGUUUGCAGGAGCCCACCAAUUCUCCAAAGCACUCGUUCUCCUGUAACUCUGACAAAAUCUUCAGUGUCAAGUUUCAUCCACUUGCAGAGAAUGUCAUGGCAACCGUUUCGCACGAUCUGAUGAUUAGAGUGUGGGACUUGGAAUCUUAUACUGUGGUGCAUACCCUGAAAGGUCACCAAGAUCAGGUCAUGAGUUUUGCAUGGUCACCGUGCGGGAAGUACAUAGCAACUAUUUGCAAAGACAACUGUUUACGCAUCUACAACCCAAGAGCUUCAUCCACUCCUGUGAAACAGGGUAAAGGUGGACCUGGUGGCUCACGAGGGGCCCGUAUCACAUGGGUCUUGGAUGGCACUUGCCUGGUUGUUCUCGGAUUUGACAAAGUCUCAGAAAGGAAAAUCAUUUUAUUCAGCAAAGAGAACCUGGACACACCUAUCAGUACAUUCAGCCUAGAUGUGUCCCCCUCAACAUUGAUUCCAUUCUAUGAUGAGGAUGGAUCUACAUUGUUUUUGACCGGCAGGGGUGACUCGAUUAUCUUUGCUUUUGAAGUGAGCGAUGAAUCUCCAUACUUGUGUCCGUUGAGCCACCAUCGAUGCCCAUCUCAGAAUCAAGGACUUGCAUUCCUCCCCAAGAUAUAUUGUGAUGUAGGUGCUGUAGAAUUUGCAAAAGCGCUUCGGCUCACUAACUCAUCAAUUGAGCCAUUGUCUUUCACUGUUCCACGAAUCAAGACUGAACUAUUCCAAGAUGAUCUAUUUCCGCCAACAAGAGUGACAUGGAAACCAACUAUUACUGCAGCCGAGUGGUUUAGUGGAAGAGACAAGCCCUGUCCAAGGAUCAGCUUGAAACCAAGUGAAAUGACUUCUUUAUCUGAAGUGCAGAAUAAAUCCAAUAACAUCAAUGAAAUGAGCUCAGGAUUGGAAAAUGUAGAGAUUAAACAUCCAGUAUCAAAAGAUAUUCCAGUUCACCAAUGGAACUCUGAGUCUGCGAAGAAUGUUCAAGAGCGGAUUCAAAGGUCCAUUUUCAGUAGUAUUGAAGUUGAUACAACUCUAGAACAAGACAAAAUGGAAGGUGUAGAUGAGUCCGAAUGGGAUGAUUAAUGUGAUCAGUCAAAGGAGUGUAUCUUUCACCAGCUAUCAUCAUGUUUUUGAUGCACCGUACUUGUUCUUUGUGCAUUCCGUUGCUGUAUUUACUCAUAGUAUCUAAUCUUUUUUAUAUAUUUACUUUAAUUUCCAUGUUUUUUGAGUAUACUUUUCUCGCUGGUUUUUUUUUUUUUUCUUUGCCAGAGCAGUCAUUUAAUGGUAAGAGGCUAAUUUUGUACCAAUUCUCUGCUUAUUUUUUGUAAUUAUUUACCCUUUGCUUACAUCCAUCGUCAUAUGUAACAAGUAUAUCGUAUCUUCUUUUUAAAUUUAUAUUUUUUUAACUUGUCGCUAGUCCUAGAUUUAAGUUUGCUAUGUUUUUUAAAAAUAUUUGAGGAUGGGGAAGUAUCAUUUAGAGGUUUCAGAAGAACUUUUAAUUUCCAUCAGAUUGCUUAAAGUGGGAGCACUCAGCGAGAGCUAGUUAAUGGUAUAAACAUUUUUGGCAUUAUCAGAGAGCUCUCUAAGUUACUUUCAACUGACCAAUAAUACUAUUUUUCGUAUACCAAUAAGCUUUUGUUUUUAUUUGAUCAUUACCAUUUUUUGGGGGGUAGGAAAUCAUGUUUUUUCAUGAGCACACAGAACUGCAAUAAGGUUAGUACUUAGUAGCACUUAGUACUUUGCUAGAUGUGCAUACUGGAGUAAUAAAAUAUCACGAGUACUAGAUGUUAUCCAAAAAAUGUUUUCAUCAAGUGAAUUAUGAAGAAAAUACAUCCUGAUCGAUGCUUAGAUUCUAUUGUCUAAAGAGAAAUACUGUUGAGGCACAACAAAGAAAGACAUCAAAGGUUAAGGAGUGACAUUCUUGCCUUACUUUUAAUACCAACUGAAAACAUUCCAAAAGCAAGUUUAGCACUACAAAGUUUCUUUUAUGCUCCAAUUUAUUUUUCUCCACAUCUUAAGAGUCUUACUCUUGAAUGUGAUGCCCUUGUCUUUUUACUGUAGUCUCUACUUUUCCUCUAAUCGUUGUUUGAAAUGAGCUUGAGUUGAGAGAUUUUCUGUACAGAAGUGUGAAAGACUUACUCCUAAGCCUCAUCACAUAGGUAGUUUAACCAAGCAUCAAAACCCAAAAGAAAAUUAAUGAUAAUGUUGUAUGUUUAACUCCAUUCUUAACUUCACUUCAGUCCAUGCAUUUAGGUCUCUCAAAGAAGGUUACUUAUUAAGGAACCAACUUCAUGUAGAUGUCUCAUAAAUCAUUUUUUUUGGCAAAAGCUGAUUUUGUCAAGCUAUACAUCCGACAGUAGGUUGUGAGGCUUUUGCACCAUCACAUAAAGUCUAAAAUUUUAAAAUUCCAUGUUCAAGUGUUUUAAAAGGGAAGUUCUUCUGAAAGUGUGGAGCUUUUACCCAUAUCAGUGAUAUUGUAACUGACAUGAUUUUUUUCAUUCAAUUGAAUUGCUGUAUGAUUGAAUGUCUAUGUAUUAAGACAUGCUUAUUUUUUAUUUGAAAA